AUGGACGUGGGUUCAGAUAUCUCCUCGCAGCUCGAUUCAAUCUCUUCAAUCUCAAAUCAGAAAGAACGUACUCAAUCAUACCUUUCCCUACUCACCACCCUCCUCUCGUCCCAAUCACCUUCAUCCAAUGCACUCAUCACAUUCGGAAGACACUUCACCACCUCUACGUCCAUGGCGAUGGUGGUAGGUCGAAGAGUACUGGGAUCAUAUGUGAUUGCCCUAUGUGCAGGUACAAGUAUGGACAAAAAGGGUACUUCGGCUAUUCCCCUCGAUGAAGAAUUAUCGAACGAUCAAGCAAAAUAUGAAGAUUUGGGUAUACAAGCGCUCAAGAAUGAACAUGGAGAGGAGAUAAGGAGGGAUGUGGUGGAAGGUGUGUUGAGUGGUGGGGGAUUGAGUGGAUGGUGCGAUGAACAGACAACAGUAUUGAGACAUCUCUAUUCCCACCUUCUAACGAUCGAAGAUGACUUCCUGGGGGCUGCGAAGGCUUUGAUGCAGAUUCCUUUGGAAGGUACUUCGAGAUUGAUAUCGGAUGAAGAGAAAUUAGCGGUAUACAUCAAGAUAGUUAGAUUACUCCUCGAGUGCGGUGAAUGGGGACAAGCGCAAACUUACUUCUCCAGAGCAUCUUUGUCAAUCCAUGUGACCAAGGAUAAAGAGACGAACUUACAAUAUAAGCUAUCCCAGGCUAGAUUAUUUGAUUUCUCAGCUAGAUUCAACGAAGCUGCUCAGAAAUACCAUGAAGUAUCUUUUGAAAGUUCAGUGGCUGAGGAUGAUAGAUUACAAAUGCUCAAAGCAGCAGUAACUACAUCAAUCCUCGCACCAUCCGGACCUCAACGAUCGCGGAUCCUUGCUACACUCAACCGAGACGAUCGUGUCCAAAGUUCCCUCCCACCCUCACUAGCAACGAUGUUGAGGAAGAUGCUAUUAGAGUAUAUAGUAAGACAGGAAGAGGUGAAGGAAUUUGAAGCUUCCUUGGAGGAACAUCAGAGAGCAAAGGUUGAAGGAGGAGGGACGGUAUUGGAAAGAGCUGUUAGGGAACAUAAUGUGAAUGCCUGUGGGAAGGUCUAUGAUAACAUAAGCUUUGAAGCGCUGGGUAAUAUACUGGAUUUAGAUGCUGAUUCAGCUGAGAACACGGCAAGAAGGAUGAUCGAACAAGGACGUCUCAGAGCAUGGAUAGAUCAACCUUUACAUCUCCUCUACUUCGAAUCUCGUACUUCCCACGAUACAGAUGCCGAAGCUCAAGGUACGGCUGGAGGAUUAGGUAUCGAGAGUAAAGAGAAAGAGAUCGAACCUAGAUUAUGGAGUGAGAGGUGGGAUGAUAGGAUCAGGGAGACUAGCAUCAAGGUGGAAUCGCUGGCUGAACAGAUCCAACAAAAGGGUUUGAUACCUGCUGUAUCUGUCGUCUAA